AUGCCUGCCGCACGUCAAACUCGACCUAAGCCAGUGCAAUGCACGGUGGCAUACCGAUAUCUCUCCCAGUUCCUUCACAGCAGCCCGGCGUCUCCUACCCUGCCAACAUCCCCUGGAACAGCAUUCAACAGCAACAAAGCUGCCACUGUUACCAGCGCAAGCUGCCAGGAGACCUCAGACGUUCCGCCUUUAACUCACUCUCCCGCCGCAACAGUGGUCUCGGCAGACGACAGCCCCCUGACGCCACCAGGGAACGGCCCAGCGGACAAAUUCACCUUCUUACAGGACGACAUGUUAGAGUCCAAGGCUACAACUCUUACUCCUUCGAUUCUAUCUGCGGAUGGAUCAUUCGUCAAGCAAACUCAGCAGUGCGUGGACUCAAUUGCCCGUCCGGUCUAA